GUCCUUCUGUACUCUUCAUUCUCCCCUCCUAUCUUCCAUACAUACCCCCUCGAGACAGCCAACAUGGGCGACCACGUCUUAUUCUUCUACGGAACGCUAAUGGCGCCGCAAAUCCUGCACCGCGUGAUCCACGGCAGCCCGACGCCGGAGCCGUGGCAAAAGGCGCUCCUGACGUUCCGGCCGGCCGUAUUGCACGGAUACCGACGACAUCGCGUGCGGGGGGCGGACUAUCCGGGAAUUGUGCCGGUGCCGGCGCCUGGGUCGUCGAUAUCGACUCCGAAUUCGACCUCCUCGGGGGCGGGGGAGACUGAUACGUCAAACGCAGGGGCUGCUGGGUCGGUCCUCGGGACGGUCGUCUCUGGGCUAACGGACGGGGAUGUGCACCGGCUCGAUAUCUUCGAGGGGUCGGACUAUGUGAAGGAGAAGGUGUGCGUGCGGGUCCUGCGGGAGGCGCUGAGCGUGGAGGGCCAUGACGCCCACGACGGCGACGGGAAGCACCUGCGGGACGUGCUGGAUGCGGCCGGGGCGGAGUUCGCGGACGAAGGGGAGGAGGUGAACGCGGCGACGUACGUGUUCAUCGCCGGGGAGGGGAAGCUGGAGGAGGCGGAGUGGGAUUUCGAGGCGUUCAAGAGGGAUAAGAUGGCGUGGUGGGUGACGGCGGAUGAGAGUGAGUGGUAAGUGGACAGGUUUCCGCAGCCAAGGUGUUCGGGAUAGACGAGGCGCUGGGUUUUUCGCUUCUCUAUCUGUUCAGACGCUUUCCUCUUCUCAUACAGUUUCGGGGAGGAGAGGUCUCUAACGAUCUAAUUGAUGGCCGGUGGAUCGUCUUGGUCUAAAUACCCACAAUAUGUACAAAGUUG